AUGCAAAGCAAUAUUACAACUUUGUUAUCACAUAAAAGCGACCCACGUUUAUUUGCUGAAAAAUGUGUUCAACGUGAUUUGAAACAGAUAAAAAUGAAUACUGAAGAUACAACAAUUAUAUUCAUUGAUCCAAUUGACGCUAAUUAUUUACAUCUUGAAGCAACAAUUACAGGACCAAUGUCAACACCAUAUGAAAAUGGAAUUUUUUUACUUCAUAUUAAACUUUCUGAAGAAUAUCCAUAUCAACCACCACAAUCAAUAAUAUUUAAACGAGCUACAAUGCAUCCAAAUAUUGAUGAAUAUGGUAACUUUAAGUCAGAAUUAUUGAAAUUAGAAUUUUGGUCACCAACUAUGACAAUAAAAGAUAUUUUAGAACAUGUAUGGGCACGUCUUGCUAUUCCAAAUAUUGAUUCAAAUGAAUGUGAUCCAACUCGUGCUCAAUCAUAUAGAAUGGAUAGAUCUCAAUUUGAAAUAGAGGCACGUGAAUAUGCUAUAAAAUAUGCAUAUGCAACAUAA